AUGGUAUCCAAGGAUGGUAUUAAGGUGGAUCCUAUGAAGAAUGAGGCUAUUCAGAAUUGGUCCAGGCCCACCUCUGUGACUAAUAUUCAUAGCUUCAUCAAAUUGGCAGGGUACUACUGGUGUUUUGUUGAGGGGUUUUCUAGUAUAGCAGCGCCUCUCACACAGUUGACUCUCCAGGUUCUCCUAUUUGUGUGGUUGGAGGAGUGUGAGAGGAUAUUUAUACGGCUCAAGGAGUUGCUGACCACUACCCUUAUAUUGACUCUUCCAAUUGAGGGUGAGGGAUUCACCAUUUACUAUAAUGCAUCCAUCAUUGGUUUGGGUUAUAUGCUGAUGCAACAGGGAAUCAAAAAAGGCACACUGGACAGAAGUGGGAACAUUGUAGAGCCGUUAGCUGAGCCUAAAAGAUUUCUACAUCAGCAAAGAAGGAGAGCAGCUGCUCUAUAUCUUGGACCAUAG